AAGGUUGUCAGCAAACGAGAGGGGGAGGGGAAAUUUUAAUGGUAGUCAAUGUGGACAUACCUUUCUAAACCUGAAUUUAUUUUGAUUCGUAGUUUGUUUCUACUUCCUUAAGGUGCGAGUGGCAUCUGAACACAUGUCCACACCAACAGACCCCACAGGCGGGAUGCCUCACCCCGGCCCCUCGCCUGGACCAGGUCCGUCCCCUGGCCCCAUUCUGGGGCCCAGUCCUGGACCAGGUCCCUCACCUGGCUCGGUCCACAGCAUGAUGGGACCCAGUCCCGGCCCACCCAGCGUCCCACACAGCCUGCCGGGACAGGGGGCUGGGGAUUACCCGCAGGACAGCAUGCACCAGAUGCACAAGCCCAUGGAAGGUAUGCAUGACAAAGGAAUGGGGGAUGAGAUGCAUUUUGGCCAGAUGAAGGGCAUGGGAAUGAGGUCACUCCAUGCUGGAAUGGGCCCACCACAGAGUCCUAUGGAUCAGCAUAGCCAAGGUUAUUUGUCCCCUCACCCGUCGCCCAUGGGAGUUCCAGAACAUGCCUCCAGCCCAAUGUCAGGAGGGGGUCCGACACCUCCUCAGAUGCCUCCGGCUCAAUCAGGUCCAUUGAUGCCUGUAGACCCCCAGGCCAUGAGCCAGCAGGGGCGCGGCCCCUCUCCUUUCAGUCCGGUCCAGCUGCAGCAGCUCCGAGCUCAGAUCCUGGCCUACAAGAUCCUGGGCCGAGGUCAGCCUUUACCAGAAAAUCUGCAGCUAGCAGUUCAAGGGAAGAGAAGUCUCCCAGCAAUGCAGCAGCAGCCUGUAACCACGCCUUACAACAGACCACCUGGUAUGCCAGCACAUCCAAUGGGUGGGCCUCCAGCAGGACCGUCUCCUAGUCCAGGAAUGCAGGGACAUUCCUCUAGUGUGGGUCCCAAGCCUUGGACUGAAGGCCAGAAUUCAGAAACCCCAAGUACCCCUCAGAAACUACCAGUACCAACUACAAGUGGGAGACCUUCACCUGCUCCACCUCAGGUACCAACUUCUGCAGCAUCUGUACCUAGUUCCUCUGUGGCCCAGCAGCCUCCAGGCCAGCCUUCUCCCAUCAUUCAACUGCAGCAAAAACAGAACCGCAUAACUCCUAUUCAGAAACCACAGGGACUGGACCCAGUGGAAAUUCUCCAAGAGAGAGAGUACAGGCUGCAGGCAAGGAUUGCUCACAGAAUCCAGGAACUUGAGAAUUUGCCUGGUUCUUUGCCACCUGAUCUGAGAACAAAAGCUACUGUGGAGUUAAAGGCCUUAAGGCUUCUCAAUUUCCAGCGCCAGCUGAGGCAGGAAGUGGUGGCCUGCAUGCGUCGCGAUACAACCCUGGAGACAGCCCUGAACUCAAAGGCCUACAAGCGCAGUAAACGGCAGACUCUCAGGGAGGCGCGAAUGACUGAAAAACUAGAGAAGCAACAGAAGAUUGAGCAAGAAAGGAAACGCCGACAGAAACACCAGGAAUACUUAAACAGCAUACUUCAACAUGCGAAAGACUUCAAAGAAUAUCACCGGUCAAUUACUGGCAAAAUUCAGAAACUUUCUAAAGCCAUUGCCACCUGGCACACUAACACUGAGAGGGAGCAGAAGAAGGAAACGGAAAGAAUUGAGAAAGAGAGAAUGAGAAGACUGAUGGCAGAAGAUGAAGAAGGAUAUCGUAAGCUGAUUGACCAGAAAAAAGAUAAGCGGUUGGCGUACUUACUGCAGCAGACUGAUGAAUAUGUCGCUAAUCUGACUGACCUUGUCUAUGAGCACAAAGCAGCCCAGGCUGCCAAGGAGAAGAAGAAGAAGAGAAGAAAGAAGAAGAAAGUACAGGAAAACGAUGACGAAAUGGGAACGAGUCUGGGGCCUGAUGGAGAGCCAAUCGAUGAAAGCAGUCAAAUGAGUGAACUUCCAGUGAAAGUCAUUCAGACUGAGACCGGUAAAGUACUACAGGGAACAGAUGCACCAAAGUCCAGUCAGCUGGAGGCUUGGCUUGAAAUGAACCCUGGGUAUGAAGUUGCUCCUCGAUCAGAUAGUGAAGAAAGUGGAUCAGAAUUUGAAGAAGAGGAUGAGGAUGAGGUGGUGUCUAAAUCCGAAUCUGAAGAAAAGAAGAUUAUUGAUCCUAAUAGUGAUGAGGUGUCUGAGAAGGCAGCAAAGCACAUAAUUGAGUCCGCCAAGCAAGAUGUUGAUGAUGAGUACAGCAUGCAGACUGGGGAAAGAGGAGCUCAGUCUUACUAUGGAGUAGCACAUGCAGUCACGGAGAGAGUUGAGAAACAGUCCACUCUGCUUAUUAAUGGAACCCUGAAACAUUAUCAGCUUCAAGGAUUGGAGUGGAUGGUUUCUUUGUACAAUAAUAAUCUCAAUGGAAUUCUGGCUGAUGAAAUGGGUCUUGGGAAGACCAUCCAAACCAUUGCACUCAUUACGUACCUGAUGGAACACAAACGGCUCAAUGGUCCUUACCUUAUCAUCGUUCCUCUGUCAACCUUGUCCAAUUGGGUGUAUGAACUGGAUAAAUGGUCACCAUCUGUCGUUAAGAUUGCUUACAAGGGCACACCUGCAAUGCGAAGAUCACUUGUUCCACAACUUCGAAGUGGAAAAUUCAAUGUCCUUCUGACAACCUAUGAGUAUAUUAUUAAGGAUAAACACAUUCUCGCUAAGAUCCGCUGGAAGUACAUGAUUGUUGACGAAGGCCAUCGCAUGAAGAAUCACCACUGUAAGCUGACUCAAGUUCUCAACACCCAUUACGUUGCACCUCGGCGACUUCUCCUGACGGGAACUCCUCUGCAGAACAAACUGCCUGAGCUCUGGGCUCUCCUCAACUUUCUCCUGCCCACUAUCUUCAAGAGCUGCAGCACCUUUGAGCAGUGGUUCAACGCCCCCUUUGCCAUGACAGGAGAGAGAGUGGAUUUGAAUGAAGAGGAGACGAUCCUGAUAAUCCGUCGUCUUCACAAAGUGCUUAGGCCUUUCCUGCUGAGGAGACUGAAGAAGGAAGUGGAGUCUCAACUGCCAGAGAAGGUGGAAUACGUCAUCAAGUGCGACAUGUCAGCGAUUCAGAAGGUCCUGUACAGGCACAUGCAGGCCAAGGGCAUCCUUCUUACAGAUGGCUCAGAGAAAGACAAAAAGGGUAAAGGAGGUGCAAAGACACUAAUGAACACUAUCAUGCAGCUGAGAAAAAUUUGUAACCAUCCCUAUAUGUUCCAGCACAUUGAGGAGUCCUUUGCAGAACACUUGGGAUACCCAAAUGGCAUCAUCAAUGGGUCUGAUCUCUACCGUGCAUCUGGGAAAUUUGAAUUGCUGGAUCGCAUUCUUCCAAAACUCCGAGCUACAAACCACAGAGUUCUGCUCUUUUGCCAGAUGACGUCUCUAAUGACAAUCAUGGAAGAUUAUUUCGCUUAUCGUAAUUUUCUUUACCUGCGUCUUGAUGGGACAACUAAGUCAGAGGACCGUGCUGCAUUGCUGAAGAAGUUCAAUGAUGAAGGCUCUCAGUACUUCAUCUUCUUGUUGAGCACCAGAGCAGGAGGACUGGGUCUAAACUUGCAGGCUGCAGACACAGUGAUCAUAUUUGACAGUGACUGGAACCCACAUCAGGACUUGCAGGCUCAGGACAGAGCUCAUCGUAUUGGACAACAGAAUGAAGUGCGAGUCCUACGUCUCUGCACUGUCAACAGUGUGGAAGAGAAAAUCUUGGCUGCUGCCAAGUAUAAGCUCAAUGUUGACCAAAAGGUCAUUCAGGCGGGAAUGUUUGAUCAAAAGUCAUCAAGCCAUGAGCGAAGAGCAUUUCUGCAAGCUAUCUUGGAGCACGAAGAGCAAAAUGAGGACGAAGACAAUGUCCAGACGUCGAUGGAAGAGGAUGAGGUUCCUGAUGAUGAAACCCUUAAUCAGAUGAUUGCUCGAAAUGAGGAAGAGUUUGAUCUCUUCAUGCGCAUGGAUCUGGAUCGCCGCCGCGAAGAGGCGCGGAAUCCGAAACGGAGGCCCCGGCUGAUGGAGGAAGAUGAGCUGCCAUCCUGGAUCAUUAAGGACGACGCGGAGGUGGAGAGGCUGACAUGUGAGGAGGAGGAGGAGAAGAUCUUUGGCCGGGGCUCUCGCCAUCGCAGGGAUGUGGAUUACAGCGAUGCCCUGACCGAGAAGCAGUGGCUGAGGGCCAUUGAGGACGGAAACCUGGAAGAAAUGGAAGAGGAAAUCCGACUCAAGAAACGCAAGCGCAGACGACAUGUUGACAAAGAAUCUGGGAAGGAGGAUGGGGAAAAGGCAAAGAAAAGGCGAGGCCGACCACCGGCAGAAAAGCUUUCUCCAAACCCGCCCAAGCUGACCAAGCAGAUGAAUGCUAUUGUUGAUACCGUAAUUAAUUACAAAGAUGGAUCUGGCCGACAGCUCAGUGAGGUUUUUAUUCAGCUGCCAUCCAGAAAAGAGCUCCCUGAGUAUUACGAGUUAAUCAGAAAACCUGUUGACUUCAGGAAGAUAAAGGAAAGAGUCCGUAACCAUAAGUACAGGAGCAUAGGAGAUCUGGAGAAGGAUGUUAUGCUACUGUGUCACAAUGCACAGACUUUCAACUUGGAAGGAUCUCAGAUCUAUGAGGACUCCAUAGUUCUUCAGUCAGUCUUUAAGAGUGCCAGACAAAAAAUAGCUAAAGAGGAUGAGAGCGAAGAUGAAAGUGGUGAUGAUGAUGAAGAGGAAGAUGAGGAAUCUGAAUCAGAGUCAAAAUCGGUAAAAGUAAAAAUCAAGCUUGGUAAAAAGGAUGAAAAGAGGCAUGACAAGGGCAAAAAGCGACAAAGCCGAGGCAAACCUAAGCCCAUCGUAAGCGAUGAUGACAGCGAAGACGAACAGGAAGAUCAUUUCCAAAGUGAAAAGAUCAGUCAGAAGGAAGUGGCGCGAGCGAUGAUGAAUGAUCAAGGGGAAAGCUGAUCUGCCUUGUAUUCUCUUUCUGUUCUGAAGGUUUUCAUUUGAUCUGUGGUAGAUAUAUUUACUUAUGGACCCCUACCCUUCUGGAUUUAUCAGCGUAAAGUCUAUGUCUUGGGUAGAUAUACACACAGUCUGUUUUCUUCUUUUUGUCGAAUCCAAUGUAAUAGUUUUAGUGACCAACUUGGCCUGUGAGGCAAUUGUUUCUUAACUGUGCACCUUCUGCAUGUUUCCCAUGUUCAAGCAUGGGGACAGAAAUAUAAGGUUAUGCUUGUAUAUAUUAUUUUAUGAAAAAAAAGAUUGACUAAACUAAGUCCAAAAAAUAAGUUUGUUGAAAAAAGAUUUGUUACUAAAAUUGUCUAAAAAAGUAAUACACUGAUUGAUAGGAAAGUAUUAGGUGAUGACAUGUGUUUCUGAACUGCUUGUGGUCCUAAUGAACAGAACGCUUAACCAUGAUAUAUGGCAAUGGUCCUUUUUAUAUUUCAGCUAGGGUUAUUAUAAAAUACCACAAUGGAUAAAGCUAAGUUACAUUUAUCACCCAGGCUUCAGUAGCUGAGAAACCUUUCCAUGCUGUGUGGUUAUUCAGUAACGAAUUUUUAGUUAUUCAGCAACAAACAGCCCUAUGCAGCCAAGGACUCCCAAAGGUAAAAAGACUAUUUUGUGCUGGUGAAGUUUGUCAUCCAAUUUUAGUAAAACUGAACUUAGUGUCAGUGAAAUGCAAAAACAAGGUCUCAGAUUGCAGCUGAAAGCAAAUUUUGCUACCCAAGAACUGUUUCUCUAUGAGUAAGACAGCAAAAACAUUUGAUUUUUUUCAGUGCAGGUGAGAAAGGCAGUGUAUUAAAAACAUAUAAUGGCCAGCAGUGGAUAUGUACUUUGAUGACCAUGCAGCUAUUGAUAUUUUUAUACUCUUAUUAAGAAAGAUUUUGUUAAAUGUUUGAAAACUUUACAAUAUUUGCCUCCAUCUUAAAUUUGCUUUGCGCUUAUUUGAUCUUAGCAACUUGUUUUUCCUUUUUGGGGUAACAAAUUCUUAAUGCAAGUGAUAAUUAUCUCCUUUUGUCCCCAAGUGUUUGAGUAGUAUUCUUGUGGUGCUUCCUAUUUCAUGUGUAAUCUAAAGUGAAACCUUUCUUUUCAAACAAACCUUUCAGUGUGCAGUGUUAGUUAUCCUUUUCCUGAAGUGUACUUAAUCUUUGCUUUCUUUGCACAGUCUUUGGUUGUAACUCAUAGCCCAAGGCAAAUAAACAUACGCAAUUUUGGUGG